CUAGCUUAGAUAAUAUGACUGAUAAAGAAAUAAAAGUAUAAAAAUAUUUAGUCAAAUGAUUCUUUCUUUAAACAGAAUUUGUCCAACCUAUUGCAUCCAACAUGGCGGUAUAUUAGUUGGUUGGUUCUCGAAAAGUUUCGUUUAAUAUGGAUUUAGUCGGCUUUCCGUGCGCAUCUUCAUUUGUUUUAUUUUCCAGAAAAUAACAAGAUUGAUUAUAUAAGUAUUAUUAAGUAAUUUAUAAAUAAUGGCUGAAACGCAAAGAAUGACUGUUUAUGGAAGGUAUCCUCCAUGUGCAACUGCAACUAGAUUAGAAGAACGUCGUGCGAGGAGGUUAGCUCUACGAUUAGAAAGAAACAGAAAACCAGACAAGCCUGAAGAUUUUGUAUGCUAUGAAUCAAGUGAUGAUGAAAGUGAAACUAUUACCGAAGGAAGGCAAUUUUUAAGAACAUCUUUUAACUUUGUCGAUUAUGUACGUGCAAGAGAAACCAACACUAAAGAAGUACGGAAAAUUAAUCAGGAAUAUGGAUCAAGACAUAUACUGACGCAUGAUUUAUUCAAAGAAUACUCAGUUAGCUUAAAUAAUAUGAAUAAAGUAUUUUGCUCGCAAUGGCUGAGUGAUAGACAAGUUGUGUUUGGUACAAAAUGUAAUAAACUAAUGGUUUAUGAUGUAGCAACACAAAAAUUAGAUCAAAUACCAUCCCUACAUGGUAGACAAUUAAAUCCAGGUGGAGGUCCACUUCCUGAUCAGCAAUGUGGUAUACAUUCUGUUCAAAUUAAUCCUUCUAGGACUCUUCUGGCUACUGGAGCAAAAAAUAGCAAUGAAAUAGCAAUUUACAGACUACCAACAUUGGAUCCAGUUUGUGUUGGAGAAUCUGGUCACAGAGAUUGGGUUUUUGAUAUGUGUUGGCUAGAUGAUGAAUUUUUAGUUUCUGGUUCUAGAGAUACAAAAAUGGCUUUAUGGCGAAUUGAUAGUGAUCUAGCUGAAGCACCUGAUAAAGCGGAUGUGCCUACACACAGAUUAAUUCAACCUUUGUGCGUGAAAGAAUGUAGAUCUGCGCAGAAGGUUCGAGCAAUUGCUUUUAAUAAAGCAUAUAACGAAAUAGCUGCUCUAUCUUUAAAUAGUUUCAUACAUAUCUGGUCUGCUGAUUCUUUUAAGCAAAAAAUAUCACGAAAGUUACCAGCUUGUCAAGAAAAUGUUUGCCUGGCAGUACAAGAUGAUGGUGUUUAUGCAGUUGGUUGUCGUUCUUAUACAUUAUUGUUGGAUGCCAGAACUUUACAGCCAAUUAAAAAGAUACCCUCAAGAUAUAGCGGCUGUGGUAUCCGAUCAGCCAGUUUUCAAGGAUCAGUUUUAACAAUCGGAACUGGUCUAGGAAUGCUUAUGUUUUACGAUCUUAGAGCUCAAAAGUACCUUGAAUCAUCUAUCAAUUCUAAUAGAACUGUCGCAUUGAAGGCUUCAAAAGGAUAUGUGUUUCCAGAUGAAGAAUAUAUAGAUGGUUUCCAAAAUGUUAAAUAUACUCCAGCUAUAUACACCCAUUGUUACGAUGCAUCAGGUACUCGAUUAUUUACAGCUGGUGGACCACUUCCCGCAAACUUGUAUGGAAAUUAUGCAGGAUUGUGGCAAUGAAAAUAUAAAGAUUAAAUAAAGUAAACUAGAUUAUCAUUCGAUUAUUAUUAAUAUUAAAUAAAUAUGACAAAUUUCAUAUUUAUACACAUGGUGGGUACAUUAUAAUAACAGGAUAUUGAAAUAUAAAAUGGGAAGAUAAGUGAGAGAAAUGAUAAGGAGAUGACUGAUGAUUCUUUAAGCUUUCUUCUGCCAUACACAUAUUAUGCAUAAUUGAAUAAAUAAAUCUUCAUACUCGCUUAUCUACUCAUACAUAUUAUCAAAUAAACAAGAUUUUAUUAAUAUAGUUAGGAAUAUAUCUGAACGCAAUGUCCUUCUAGACCUUUAUUAAUGUUGUUUGUACUGCAAUUGGCUGAGAUAUUAUAUUGUAAGCACUUAUUAUAUUGCACUAGCCCUUUAUUAUUAAACUAAAAUAAAAUUAUAAUCUAUCAAUUUUUCAUCGUGCAGUUAGAUAACAAGUAAUUCAGGUCUGGAUUGAUGAUCAUAUUUGUACUUAUCAUAUGGUCAUUGAUGAGUAACACGAAGUUGAUUAUUCAUAGUAUGAUACGAAAAAACAUUCAAAUGUUCGCACAUCCUUUUGCACAAUAAUAAAUAUCAAAUGUUCCUACGAAUUGAUAAUGAUAUAAUCAACUUCAAAUUAUUCAUUAUUCUAGCUCAAAGUAACGUGUCGAGGGCAUAGAUUUUUAACUCUAUGAAUAAUAAGAAAUAAAAAUAACAAAACAACAAAGCAUGUUUUUUGUAUUGUAUAUAAAAACAGUUAAGAAUUAUAAUUAUAAUUUAAAUAUUUAUUAAUUCCUGACACAUUUAUAAUUGAUAUUUUGCAUAUUCAGUGGAAUGUAAGCGAAAAUGUGUAUCAAUAAUAUUCGUCAACGAAUAAUAUGACAAUGAAUAUAUGUAUAAAAUUUUAAGUACAAUUUAUUCGGCUAAAACAAACAAUAUUGUUGGCCC